CGGGGUCUGGGGCGGACCUGGCGGUGGGUGCCCGGCCGCCGGGGCGCGCGCUGUGCCGAGAGCCGCGUGUCCACUCCCGCAGUCGGCCUGUGCGGGCCGCGGCCACCGCGAGGCGGGCCGGGGUGCUGGGCGAAGUGACCAGCAGGGCUCCUGCCGAAGACUGGCCGGGGGUGGGCUUGCCAGACCGACCUGGCUGAAGCCGACGUCCGCGAGGACCGUGCGGGGCCCCGUGGAGACACACCGAAGGGCAGCGCGCCGGAGGGGCACCUGUCGCCCGCGGGCAGGUGCAUCAGCCGGGGCUCGGCAGCGGGGGCUCAGCGCGGUGCCCGCCGCCCAUCUGCGGUCAGCGCACUGAGAUGGAUCAGCUGGACCUGAACCCCAGAAUCAUCGCUGCGGUUAGAAGAGCCAAACUGAAGUCAGCCAAGGAGCUCCUGCAUUUUUCUGGCCCAGACCUGCAGAGAGUGACCGGCCUGUCCGGCCCCGACGUCCGGCACCUGCUGAGAGCGGCCUCCUUGUCCCUGCGAGGUGGCAGCGUCCUCACAGCGCUGCACCUGCACCAACAGAAGGACAGGUUCCCGGCGCAGCACCAGCGCCUGAGUCUGGGCUGCCCGGUCCUGGACGGGCUGCUCCGCGGCGGCCUGCCCCUGGACGGCAUCACCGAGCUCGCCGGCCCCAGCUCGGCGGGGAAGACCCAGCUGGCGCUGCAGCUCUGCCUGACCGUGCAGUUCCCGAGGCAGCACGGAGGCCUGCAGGCCGGCGCGGUCUACAUCUGCACGGAGGGCGCCUUCCCGUCCAGGCGGCUGCAGCAGCUCAGCGGGCAGCACUGGCGGCUGCGGGCGGACGUGGCCCGGGACGAGGUCGCCAAGAUGCGGUUCAGCAGCCAGAUCUUCGUGGAGCACGCCGCAGACGUGGACGCCCUGCUGGAGUGCGUGACUCGGAAGGUCCCUGUCCUGCUGUCUCGGGGCAUGGCCCGCCUGGUGGUCAUCGACUCUGUGGCAGCCCCAUUCCGCUGUGAGUUUGACGCCCAGGCCUCAGUGCCCAGGGCCAGGCGGCUGCAGGCGCUGGGGGCGGCGCUGCGGCGGCUGAGCCACGCCUUCCAGAGCCCGGUGCUGUGCAUCAACCAGGUGACGGAUGCCGUGGAGGAGCAGGACACGGCACCCGGGCUGCAGGGGUCCGGGGACACACGCGCUUCCCCAGCCCUGGGCACAGCCUGGGCCAACCAGCUCCUGCUGAGGCUGCUGGCCGACCGGCGCCGCGGCGAGGAGGCAGUGCUUGGUGGCCCGGCUCGGACCCUGCGGGUGCUCUUCUCCCCUCACCUGCCCCCCUCCUCCUGCGCCUACACCAUCCACUCAGAAGGGGUGCGUGGGACCCCGGGGAUGGAGUCCCACUGACAUAGGGGUGGCUGCAGCGUGGCCUGGCCAGGUCCACAGAACCCCGUCUGGCCACAUCUCUGAAGCCCUGGGCACCGGCUGUGGUGUCCGGCAUCCUGGGCAGCUCCUUGCUGUAGUGAGCAGGGGCCACCUCGGGUGUGGGGGGCGCUGUGCUCCCCCUCCUCCCGGCCCACCCUCGGGGGCUGGUGGCCUUGCCCCAGCCCCUGGGAUUCCCCCAGCCCCACAGGGGCUCCCUUCCGGGCAGGGCAGUCCUCAGGCCCCGCCCCCACUGUGGCCCCCAGGCAAGCUCCCUGCUGGCUGGAGGUGAGGCCCCCCCCCGCCCCGCCCUGCUCAUACCACGCCCGGGCCACCCCCACCUCCACGUGGACAGUCGCCUCUGAGCCUCAGGGCCUCUGCUGACCACAGGACCCUGCUCUGGUCCACGCGGUCACAAUGAGUCACUGUCCCUGCUCUCGGGGACACAGGACGGGCAGGUGGCGGCCCCUCUGCGGCUGCACUGGGGGGGACGCCGGCCCUGGAGCCGCGGAGUUCCUGGGGUGCUCCUGGGAGAGGACGACCCACUCGGCCGAGGGCGCGCCCCCCGGUGCGCCUGGCGGGGGGGGGGGAGCUAUUUUGGGAUUGGAUUUUUAGCAAAUCGCCUUCUGCAGCAAACUUUAAAGCAGACAAUAAAGCAUUUUAUAAACAACCCCAAAUGGUUUCCAGGCAACACAAAGUCCAACGAGAGGAGGGACGGCCCCGGACAAAGGCUGCUCCCAGGAGCGGCUGGGG